AUUAGAAAAUGAGAGGAGAAUUGAUGAAAUUAUUAAGAGAAAAGUUGAAAUUUGAAAAAAAUUAUAAUUUUAUUUACAGGAUAAAUAAAAAUUUUCGAAGAGCAACUCAAAAUCGUAUAAAAGAAAAUGGAGAAAAAUGUAACAGCAUAAGAAAAAGGAGAAAAGAAAUAAAUGGUCGUAAUUCCCUCCUGAGUUUUCCGUAAUUAUGUCAUACUUUAAAUUUUUUUGGCACUUCAAUUUAAAAAGCUUACACUCCUCCAAUUGCCCGCCAAAAAAACGACAAGAAAAUGUCAUUCGCACAGUCAGUCUCCCUCUUCUGCUCCGAAAUCAACAACCGGAGAUUCAACGAUGAAAUUCUGCAAAUUCUGAAAUCCCUUAUGGUAGGAAAAGAUGUGAAGUCUUUAAUGGAGCUGCAAUCGAGCUUGAGAGAGUUCAUGAGAUCUCAAUCUAUCUCUGUUUUGCGUGAGAUUACUGAGAAAACUGUUGACCAGAAACUUUGGGUUCUGGAAUUCUUCGUUCGUGCUUUCGCUCUCAUAGGGGAUAUGGAGAGUUGUUUGGCUCUGAAAUACGAGGCUUUGCUUUUGCGAGAAAUCAAGUCUUCAAGUUGCCAACGUCUACAAGUUUCAUAUAUAGAAUGGCUCAAUUUUGCUGAGCAGUUGAUCCAAAAUGGGUUUUAUUCUACUGCCAGACAGGCCUGUGAAAAUGCAAUGUUAUGCCUCCAAAAGGAUGAUGUUGCCAUUUCCAGAAAAAUUGACAAGAGAAUACUAAGACUCGAGGACCAUGCUGUACAAUUUGCAGGUUCAGGAUCUGUCCAGGCUCAGGCUGCAGAAUUCUUGAACAGAAAAACAAUUGAGAAGAGGAAAAUAUGUUCUACAUUCAGUAAUGAAACACAAUUUGUGGCUAGCAUUUUGUUCCGAAAUGGAAUCAAGAAGCGAAAUGUAAGACAACUGCAUGAAUCCCAAUGUGUCCGACAGAAUAUUAAAAUUUGAGUUCAAUGCCAAUUGAAAUGACUGUGAUGAUUGCCAUGCUGCCGAUUGAUGAAGAAGUAUGUUCCUUUCAAUCAAAAACUAAUGCUUUGAUCAGUUCAUAUCACCUUGAUUAUGUUCCUUUCAAUCAAAGACUAAUGCUUUGAUCAGUUCAUAUCACCUUGAUAAUGUCAUAUGAAAUGUUCAAUGAUAUUAAUUUUUGCUUAGGUCGGUUAUAGGUCACAAUGAGUUUCUUUGUUUUUGGUCACUUAUAUGCA